CUUCGGGGCCCCGCCCCGCUCUGGGCGGUCGUGCGUUCUGCGCUCCUCGGACUCUGCCCGAUCCGACCCGACGCCGGGGCAGCGAAGCUCCGGGGUGGGUCGGGAUCUGGGUCAUGGCGGUUCGGGGCCCCGCGCCGGGGGCUGGCGCCAGGCCCAGAUUAGAUCUGCAGUUUCUCCAGCGAUUCCUGCAGAUACAAAAGGUUUUGUUUCCCUCUUGCUCAUCACAGAAUGCCUUGAUGUUCCUGACCCUUUUGGGUGUGGCCCUCCUGGAACAACUGGUCAUCUACCAGGUUGGCUUGAUCCCCAGUCAAUACUACGGGGUCCUGGGAAACAAAGACUUGGAUGGGUUUAAGACCCUGACAUUCCUGGCUGUUGUGCUCAUCGUUCUCAACUCCAUGCUGAAGAGCUUUGACCAGUUCACCUGCAACCUGCUGUAUGUGAGCUGGAGGAAGGACCUCACCGAGCAUCUCCACCACCUCUACUUCCGCGGCCGCGUGUACUACACCCUCAACGUGCUGCGGGAUGACGUCGAUAACCCGGACCAGCGCAUCAGCCAGGACGUGGAGCGGUUCUGCCGGCAGCUCAGCAGCAUGGCCAGCCAGCUGAUCAUCUCCCCCUUCACCCUCGGCUAUUACACCUACCAGUGCUUCCAGAGCACAGGCUGGCUCGGGCCCGUGAGCAUCUUCGGGUAUUUCAUCCUGGGGACCGUGGUGAACAAGAUGUUGAUGGGGCCCAUUGUGGCGAAGCUGGUGCAGCAGGAAAAGCUGGAGGGGGAUUUCAGGUUCAAGCACAUGCAGAUCCGUGUGAAUGCUGAGCCUGCUGCUUUCUUCAGAGCUGGGCAUGUGGAGCACAUGAGGACGGACCGCAGGCUGCAGAGACUCCUUCAGACCCAGCGGGAGCUGAUGUCCAAGGAGCUCUGGCUGUACAUCGGUAUCAACACGUUUGACUAUCUGGGCAGCAUCCUGAGUUAUGUUGUGAUCGCAAUCCCCAUUUUCAGUGGCGUCUAUGGAGACCUUAGCCCCACAGAGCUCAGCACCCUGGUCAGCAAGAAUGCCUUCGUGUGCAUUUAUCUCAUCAGCUGCUUCACCCGGCUCAUCGACCUCUCCACCACGCUCUCGGAUGUGGCUGGUUACACACACAGGAUUGGGGAGCUUCAGGAGACCCUGCUGGACAUGACCCUGAAGUCACAGGACGGCGAGCUCCUGGACGAGAGCGAGUGGGACUCACACAGGGCCCCAGGAUGGCCAGCAGCAGAGCCAGCGGACACAGCCUUUCUCCUUGAUCGGGUCUGCAUCUCCGCGCCCUCCUCUAACAAGCCCUUAAUCAAGGAUCUGAGCCUGAAGAUCUCCGAGGGGCAGAGCCUGCUCAUCACCGGCAACACGGGCACCGGCAAGACGUCCUUGCUCCGAGUGCUGGGUGGCCUCUGGGCGAGCACACGGGGCUCAGUGCAGAUGCUGGUGGACUUUGGACCCCAUGGGGUGCUGUUCCUGCCACAAAAGCCAUUCUUCACCGACGGCACCCUUCGGGAGCAGGUGAUAUACCCCCUGAAGGAGAUCUACCCGGACUCAGGUUCUACCGAUGAUGAGAGGAUCAUGAGGUUCUUGGAGUUGGCAGGCCUGUCCGACUUGGUGGCACGGACAGAGGGGCUGGACCACCAGGUCGAUUGGAACUGGUAUGACGUUCUGUCCCCCGGAGAGAUGCAGAGGCUGUCUUUUGCCCGGCUCUUCUACCUGCAGCCGAAGUACGCAGUGCUUGAUGAAGCCACCAGCGCCCUGACGGAGGAGGUGGAGAGUGAACUCUACCGCGUCGGCCAGCAGCUAGGCAUAACGUUUAUCAGCGUGGGACAUCGGCGCAGCCUCGAGAAGUUUCACUCCUUGAUUCUGAAACUCUGCGGAGAAGGCAGGUGGGAACUGACCAGAAUCAAAGUGGAAUGAAGCCAAGGAUGUGGCUGGCCGCUGAAAGGAGAGCCCAGCUCGGGGCAUGGCAGUGCCCAGGAGACACCCAGAGGCCCCAGGUUCGUCUCACAGGUUCUCUGCAGGGAGCGCUGGCAGCAGUGGCCCACCGAGGUGUGGCCUCCAUGGGGUGCUAGUCUUGCCAGGCCUCCUGCUACCUCAGCCAGAGUGCCAUACAUUUGAAGUGCUGAUUAUUUACGUACAAAUUACUUCAGAUUUGUUUUCUAAAGAAAAACCUGAAAGUGAGGGCUCUAUAAGAAAUGAAGGAUCAAUGUGGAGAGAAUAUUGGACUUGGAGUCAAGAGAUCAGAAAUCUUUUUAAUUGGUUAAAUUAUACAACAACAGAUUUUUAACUUGAAUCAGCUAUUUAAAUUUUAUAACUUCUUUUUUAUAUAAAAUAUAAACAUUAAAAAUAUUUACAGCUUUC